AUGAACAUUUCACAUUCAAUUUGGAAUGAGAAUCCUGUUAUCUAUGUGGUUGUGAAACGAAUUUGGGCGUUACUGGCCGGAAUCAUUUAUCCAUUUGCUCAUUUUUGUGUGCUUACAAAGUCCCCGAAAAAGUGUGGAUACUUGAAAUGGGUGGUAUACCUGCACUGCUUUUGGAUAACUUGUGAAUGGCUCUCCGGCUCAUUUCUCAUCGACAUUUUCGACUUCCAGCCAUCCGUCACUAUCCGAGUCGACGGUUUGCUGAACAACGUAUUGGAUCCAGUUUUGCUAUAUACCAUCUACAUAUGCGUUGAUUCUUUAUCAUCCACGUCCGCUCUAAUUCUAUUCACCAGUCGCAUUUUCAUGAUAAUGAACAUGUACCGUCAAUAUUUGUCGCAUUUACGGAUUUUCUGCGAGCUCAUGAUCUACGUGCUAGUGGUCAUUUUUGGACUCUGGACGAUUCCGACGGCUAUUUGGAGCAUCCCUGAUCAAACAUCAGAAAAGCUUAAAAUUUCUCAAGAUGGUCAACCCUACCCGGACUGUCUUUGGGACGACAAUGUCGUAGCGGUUUUUGACAGUGGGUCUCAAAGUGAGCACCUCGUAUCGAUUCUGACAAUUUUAAAUUGGGUCUCGUGUGGAAUAGCGAUAUUUGUUGCCGCGAAAAUUGCAUUUUUCCUACUUGCGAAAAGGAUGGUGAACGAGUCGAAAGCCACAAGGCGGAUGAACAAAAAGUUCAAUCAGAGAACUAUUCUUCAGGCAUUCAUCUUUUUAUUCUUCUCGUGUGUCCCUUUUACAGUACUGCAUCUCACUAUAAUAUUUGGUCUUUACAUACCAGGAAUCACUUAUUUCAUAGAUAUUUUCUCUGAAAAUCACCCAACCGCUUGUGUAGUCGCCUUAUUUCUGUUUUAUGAUCCUUAUCAGAUUUACCUAUUCAAAAUUAUUGGAUGGAAUCCGAAACAUAUGUCUAAGACAUCAACCAGUGCCACGUUUGUUGUGUUGAGGAAUUAG